AUGGCCAGUCUCUUAUUGGAGCAUGGUGCUAGCGUGGACAUCUCACAGCAGGGAAAGGAUUCCAUGCUUAAAACUGCCGUUUCUAAAGGUGCUCAGAUGAUCAAAGUUUUUGCUGAAAAAGCCAAAGGAAUCGAUUGGACAGCAUCCAGAGUCCUCGAAUAUGCCCUUGAUGAGAAAGCGCUGGAUUGCGCAAAAAUAAUAAUUGGAGCCGGCGCUCAGAUUGAUGAGAAGAAUUUGGAUGGUAAUACACUACUAAUCCAGCGCAUUCUCCAUUCUGACGACGCAGGGGCUAGAUUCCUUAUAGAACAAGGAGCAACUCAUCUUGCAAGAGAUUCAAAUGGGCGAAGUUGUUUCGAAUUAGCUGCGACUUUUGGUCUUCUUGAUACCCUUCGUGUCAUAUGCGGUCUUGGAGUGAAUAUCAACGAGCGCACUGAUGGCGGCCUUGGAUAUACGGUGCUAGAACGUGCACUUACUGAAGGUCACUACGACUGUGCCAAAAUGCUCGUUUCGCUAGGAUGUGAUGUGGAGAGUGUCACUGCCGACAAUUCGUAUAUACAGUCCGUGCUUCACCAUUUCAUUGAUGCAUGUGAUGAAAAAGCGUCGGUCUUCCUUGUGCAAAAGUUACGUAAACGCUGGAAAUUUUUCAGUGGUUGUAAUGGCAAUGCUACGAGAGUAUCUCGUGAUCCUGGCGAGGGUAGAGAAGAACCAGCCUUGCACAGAGCGGUAUCAUCGGGAAUGAAUAAACUGGUUGCAGCACUGGUGACGUCCAAAGUCAAUCUAGUCCCUCAGGAUGCCCAAGGGCGUACAGCGUGUCACGUAGCGGUGCAAGAAAAGAAUGCAGAGGCGCUUGCAGAGCUGUUGAAAGCAGCUGAUGUCAGUUUCUUGUCUGUCCGUGAUAAAGUGGGCCAGACUCCUUUUUCUUUGGCUGUCGUUAUGAGAGAAUAUCCG